AUGGAUUGUCAUGCUAGUUGUCGAACACCACCAUUACGCUCAACAACGUCGAUUAGUUUCAACGCCGCCGAUUCGGACUAUCGGCUUCCUUUUGACAUCCAAUUACGAUUACUAUUGAAUACAAGCCCUACACCAGCUACCAGAGAUUUGUUUUCAAUUUUGCUCUGUACGGUUUCUUUGGCUGCAGCAAGCUUAUUGUAUGUUCAAGGAUUGGAGAAUCGAAUGAAGUUGCGGUCACCUAGCCACCUGAGUAGUCUUGGAACGAGGAGGUUCUCCAUAUAUCUACCCUCUCUAUGGACUAGGAGAAUCACCUCAGCAUUUGCUCGUUUGAGUGCAGUCUAUGGCGGCACCUACGUGCUCAACAAACCACAAUGCAAGGUAAUCCACAGAACUGGAAUUCCAGAUUCCAUUCCAUUCCAAGGAUGGAAUUGA